GUCUUCUUUUUGCUCCUCCUCCACCAACUAACUACUACUUCUACUCUGGUAAUAUCGCUCGUUUUGGAGGAAUGUAGAAGAAAAAAAUCAUAAAUGAUACGAGAAGGUGCACGAUGAAAUGUAAAAUUUUUAAAAAAAUCUAAAAUUUUAUAUUGUUUCAAUUUCUGAACGAAAGAAAUUUGCAACAAUUCUCGCACGCACCCAAGCAAUCAACCAGAGAGCACUUAGUGACAACGACAGCAGCGAAAAAAAGGAAAGACCAAAAGAAGAUCGAUCAACCAACCACCCAAGGGAAGCAGAGGGAAAUUAUUUAUUCGGAACAAAACACAACACCACAACAGAGCAUUAGAAAGGAAGUAAUCCAAGAAAGAAAGAAGAAACUCAACUGGAGGACACGAAGAAUAAAACAAUGAAACAAGAGAAGACUAGAAGCAGAACAGAAGCAGAAAAAGACGAAGACGUAGCAGUAACUACUACUAAAUUAGAUACGACAUCCUACUCCUCCUCUUUCUUUAUCACCACUACAACGUCCCCCAUUAUUAUUAAACCGACACAUCGAACAGCAGCAAGCCGUUACCAUAACAAACAACAAUUGGAAUUGGUGGUGCAACCGACAAAAUUCUCUUACCACAACUACAAAAGUCCCCGAAAAACCCAACAAUAUAAACUUGCCAUUCUGACGUAGAUUCCACCAUACUAAACUCUACCAAUCUAAUAAUUCUUAAGAAUAAAAAUAGAAAAGGAAGAGUGCUCCCUAGAAGAAACCACAACACAAACCACAAUAUUUUCUCCUAUUUACUACCAGCAAAAGAAAUACUUUCACUCUUUAAUUUUGUCCAGAGUAUAAAACAUACCCUAACCCUACCCAUUAGAACAUGGAUUUAGAGAAAAUUUUCAACGAUUUGGAAUCGAAUCAAAAUCAUGAAUGUGAGGAGGCCAAAAAGAAAUUAGCUGAUCAAUUUACACUGACCAAAGACCAAUGGCUGGUUCACAAUAUGAUGGAAUAUUAUUUGAAGACUGGUUCUGUUCGCAUCAUUGAGGUUUUGGUUAAGGCACAGUCUCCGCACGAUGGCUAUCUAUUUGAUCGUUUAGCUGAUUGGCUGAAAACGCCCUCACAACGCGUUCAUUCGUUAAAUUUAUUUUGUUUUGUUGUCCGUCGUCAUCCCACAUGGCUGUUUAAAGUGGAAAAACAUCGUUUGAUUAAGGACAUGUUGCAUUGGUUGAAACACUUAGAGAUUGAAAAAGAAAUUGUGCCACUGAUGAGUGCUUUAUUGGCAAUAAUAACACUUUUACCUAUAAUACCCAAUUUGGUACCAAAUUUCCUCAACGACUUAUUCGCUGUCUUCGCUCAUUUGGCGUCAUGGAAUAAUCAGCAUACGACACGUUUAUCCGAAGAUAAAUUGGUACACCUGCAGCUGGGUUUGCAAAUGUUAUUUCACCGUUUAUAUGGUAUGUUUCCAUGUAAUUUUGUGACAUUCCUAACGGAAUUCAUACGAAAAGAAAAGGGUGCCAUAUUUCAGCACACGAUUAAGCCCUUAUUAGAAACUGUGCGUCUACAUCCUAUGUUAGUGACGGCGACGGUAGAGACUGAAAUGAAUUCGGAAAGAUGGAAAGAUAUACAGCCGCACGACGUAGUUGUUGAUUGUAUGUGUUUGUCAUUACCCAUGAAAUAUCAAGAUACCACGGAUGUUGGUGGUGCAGGUAUUUCGGCAUCUAGAUCUAGUGCUAUACUAGCGGCCGCAGCAACGACUACAACAACAACGACCACAUUUUAUCAGUUUAUCAGUAGAGAACCACAACAGCAGAGAUUAGCAGGUGUUUCUGCUGGUUGUCUACAACAUAGUGGUAGCGGUGGUGUUGGUGGCAUUGGCAGCAACUCAGGCAUAUGGAGUCCUUAUCAUGAAAUAAUGAAUACAAGUCAUACCCCUCUAACACCCACACCGACACCAUAUAUGAUGCCUUUACCCACAUCAUCCGCAGCUUCAGCCCUUACUCAAGGUACUCUAGGGGUAAGUGGUUGUUCACCGCCUGAAGCGGCUGUAGAAGCUACACCAGAAACUACUCCCUUAAAAGAUAAUCGUGACCUGAAGAGGCCUUCACUGGGCGGAGCUUCUGGCAUAGCAAAUCCUUUAGCCGUGAGAGAUAUAUUUGCCUCUAGUCAACCUUCAUCACCGCAUAGAGGAAAAGAUACACUACACGGUCACCAUUCACACAAUUACCAGCAGCAGCAACAUUUUAAUUUUCCCGAUAUCCCAUCAUCAGUGGGCGGUACAAAUAGCACUUAUGUAGAACAGGAGUUAAAUACCCGCUUGGUGACCAGAGCCAACACUAACUAUGAUCGCAAGAUUCAGCAGAUUUUACAAGAUCGUCGCCAAACCCAAAGUCCAUUUCAAACGAUUGAAGCUCAGUCCGCAAAAAUGGGCUUUCAAACGCCAAGUGAUAUGUGUCGUACACCUGAUGUUGAAAUAACCAGCAGCAGCAGCUAUGCUACAAUGGGAGUUUAUGGUAGAUAUCCUCAUUUUAAUUCCAUAACACCCUUAUCAGCUUUAACAGCAACCCCCACACCGACACCAGGUUCCACACCUCUACCCCUACAAACGAUGAGCACACCCAUGGAAAUACCCAUAACCAAAGUAUGCGAUCAAUGUAAUGAAACUGAUCAAACCAUGUGCACCGAAGGUGGCCUACAAAUGCCAACCAGUCGUUCAAUGCAACUGUUGGCUAAAGGCAUCAAGAGACGCAAUCGCAAUACCAGUUACUGUUACAACGAGAAAAGUUGUGAAAAAGUAGGUGUCAAUGGCAACUCCUGUUCGGUGGAAUCAACGUACUCCAGCCAACACAAAGUUAGACGUACAAAAUCUUUGUCCUCCCUCUAUUUAGUCUCUUCAAAGAUUUCACAGACAUCUGCUGAUAAUUCUGACACCAACGAAGAGGAUUCAGCCGCCACCAAUGAGAGACCAUUACAAAAAUGCCCCAAAAUGUUGGCCAUAGCAUCGGUUUUGAAGAACUCCAGCCACCAUCAAGUGAAGACAUUAAUGGAGGACAAAUCGGUGCAGACUUUGGAAGCAGUGCCUGUACAGAAUCAUGAAAAUUCACUACUACAAAUGCUAAUAGAAAGCAAAGAAUGCCGAGCGGCUUAUGAGGAGAAUCGUCAAACGCCGAAUGAGAUUUUAGAACAAUUCAUAGCAAGAGGUCUGCGUAACAAUGGUAUGGAAAGAUUCGAUCAGGAACAAUUUCAAUUGAUAUGUUUGCAACUGCAAUACGAACGCUACCGACGCGAAAUACAUGCAGAACGUAAUCGUCGUCUAAUGGGUCGAUCUCGCGAUAAAAGAAGUCUCGAAAUGGAACGUGAUCGUUUAAAGGAACAACUAAAAGAUUUCGAAAUGAAAAACAAAGAGUUGAGUUUGCAAUUAGACAAGACCAAGAAAGCAACUAAUGAACGAGAAUGUGAAUAUCAAGAGGAACUUGAAGCCUUAAAAGAAAAAUAUCAAAAUGAAUUGGAACAGAACCGCUGUUUGCGUCAGGCCAAUGAAAAUUUAGAAACAAAACUAAAAGAAGAGUUAAGCCAACGCAAGGAUAUCAACUAUGAGUUGGAGGCAUUGCGUGGACAAGUCUUUAGUUUGACAACAGAACUACAACAUGCCCAACAACAGGCCGACAUGGGUUUACAGUGUCGCCAAGAAUUGGGUCGUUUAGAAGCGGAUUUUAUAGUAAUGGGAGAAGUGCAGAUUAAAUGCCGCGAUAAACUGGCCGAAAUGGAUAACUAUCGGGCCAGAGAUGAAGAGUUGCAUGUGUUGCAGGAAGCAUAUAAUAUAGAGUUGAAAGAUCUUAAACACAGUUUAGAUGACAAAUCAUCACAGUUGGAAAGUGCCCGUCAUAAAAUACAGGAAUUGCAGGCACAAUUACAAAAUAACGAAAAAGUGAUAACCGAGCAGAAACGUCUAUUUAAGGCUGUUAAAGAUGAAUACGAAGAGAAAUUUAAGUCAUUAAAUAAAAAAUAUGAAGUGCAAAAAUCUAUAAUAAUGCAAAUGGAGGAGAAAUUUAUGAUGUCUCUACACAAACCAAUGGCAGUGACACAAGGUAAUGCCUGCUGUUCUCCAGAUACAGAUAAAACAGAUGUAGCCUCAUCCGUGGAACGUAACUCUCCGCUUUCAACGUCGUUGGCAUCGAGUGAAAGUCUUUCGACCAGCUUAAGAUCAUCAGAAUUAAGAAAUUUGCAACAACUUGUGGAGAAUCCUAUAACGGAAAUAGGGACAACAUCAACGACAAUAACGGGUGGCAUUAAUAUAACCGAUGGUCAACGCAUAACACCACAAACUUUAGAUUUGGCUUCUUCGGCAAAUACAGCCACAAAUGUGUUACAUUUGAUAAAGGAACAAAAAGAAUUAAAUUCUCCUGAAGCUGGUGGCACCACUUUGAAAACUGUUAAGAACGUUAGUAGCAGUCACAUCAACUCUAAUCCUAGCAAUAGCGGUAAAACUACCACAACGCACAUGCAUACAACAUUACAAGCAUCUACUUCAAAAUCCCUUAAUCACACAACUACAGCAACAACAGAUCAACUGACAUCAUCUUCCCAACAACGUCGUUGAUGUUUUACAAAUUAAAUAAAAUAAUUUUCUUAAUGGAUAUAACUAAUAAAAAUAAAAUAUAUAUUAAAAAAAAA